AUGACACGGCCGAUACUGACGAUUGCUUUAUUUGCGUCGGUGUUACUGAGCGUUUUAUUGCAGUCGGCCGACGGCGCGGGAGCUGACAUCGGUGACCACAUUUUGCAGCGGGAUGCCGCCACUGACCAAAUACCCGGUCUUUGGUUGUCCGAUCUGUUUUACCGGGCUCUAAGCAACUUCACCUUGCGGCGGGCGGACGGCCCCGCUUGCCGCCGCCAAUCCGCCUUGUACGAGGAACAUUUGAGCAAUCACACUAGUUGGGCCGUCAGAAUGCAAGAAUCUUGGGACCGAUAUCCAGUCGGCUUACUUUCGGGGAACACAUAUCAGAUGGGAGUCUAUGACGAAUGUGUGGACAUACGUUAUCCAUUGAAAGGACAGUAUUGUUUGUCUGAAAUAAAAGUAAUUCCACCUGCAGGAAGAGAUUACAGCUUCAAAAGAACGGAAGAUUUAGACGAUUUCGGUAACAACCAUGCGUGGAAAACCAUACUUGGGUGGGCCGAUUACCAGGACCAGGUGCCACGAAACCUUUUUCAUUUGGGAAUAUGCAUACCAGAUGGGUGUUCAGCGUUAGACUUACAGACAUCCCUACAAAGAGAAUUUGACGAGGCGUUUUCCCCUGAACAGUUCAAAACCGUCGUCAGAGUAGACCCGAUAAAGUGCAGGGUCCGCGAAGAUAUGUAUCCUUACGACACGCCGUAUUACGUAACUUGGUGGAUAUUUUUUCUGCUCGUUCUGAUCUGUUGCUGUGCGACGUUACACCAUCUUAUAAGAAUAUCAUACCAACAAAACACAAACGAAAACGGUGAAGUGCCUAGUACAUUUCUCUACGAGUUUUCAUUUAUUGAGUCAAUCAAAACAUUAUUGAAAUUCAACAAAGACGAUAAAAUGCAUUUGAUUUCUACCCUCAAAGUAAUGACGAUGGUUUUUGUUCUGUAUGGACAUAAAUUGUUUGCUUUGUUUUCGAAUCCUAUAAGUAAUCCAAAGUUCAUCGAAAACAUAUACCUCAACGGGCCAGCUAUUAUAGUGACUGGUUUGAACGUCGUUGACCCAUUUUUUUUCUUUAGCGGUUACAUCAUUUACACAAGCCUUUCUAGAGAAUUUCGAAAAAAAAAGGAUGAAUCGGUUUGGAAGACACUCUCGAUGCCAAUCAUCGAGCGAAUAAUAAGAUUGUUACCGACUUACUGUGCGAUGAUGGCAAUCACGGCGCAUAUUGUACCCCACAUCGGAGAUGGUCCGCUGUGGCCACUUAAGUCGUGGGAAGAAGCCGAGAUAUGUAAGAACUAUUGGUGGACCAACCUGUUGUUCAUAAGUAAUUUCUUUGAAGUCAACCAUCAGUGCCUCUUAUUGAGCUGGUACUUAUCGUGUGAUAUCCAGUUUUUCAUAAUUGGAGUUAUUGUCGUUUAUGUUUACACGAAAAACACAAAAUAUGGAAUUGCAUUGCUUGGCACAAUAAUUGGUUUGUCGAUAUCCCUGCCGUUCAUAAUCACGCUUUGGACGAGAAGAGAUGGAUUUGAUAGGUUUCCUUUACCAAGCCUAUUGUUCAUGAGAAAUGUUUUUUUGUUGAACGAAUCGUACCGACCAAGUUACAUGCGGGCCACACCAUUCUUUGGAGGCUUAGCCAUGAGCUUUGUAGUGGAAAGACUGAAGGAAAAAAAAGUGAAAUUUUCACAAACGGUGGUUCACGGCGGAACAUUGGCCUUUUUCACGUUUUUUUUUUGGCUUCAGUUUUACGGCAUUGUAUUUUAUGAGAGAAAUAGACCUUACUAUCCAUUGGAACAUGCCUUGCACUCAACUAUCUCUCAUUGUACGUUUACAGUACUGGGUAUAUGGUUGACUAUGAGUUAUUUCACGUCGGGCUACGGUUUACUUGAAAAUUUGGUUCACAGUAGACUUGUUGCAAUCAUGGGAAAACUCUCAUACCCCAUUGUGUUGGUGAACCUCAAUGUUAUGUUAACAUCUCAGAGUUCGCAGAGGUUACCCGUUCAUGUGUCGUCAAGAUAUGUGUUCGAAGCUUAUCUCUAUGAUUUAUUCAUGUGUUAUAUGGCGGCCAUCGUCUUAUAUUUGAUUGUUUAUGAGCCGUUUGCGAAAUUGACCAAAAAUCUGUUAAAAGGUAAAUUAAUGCCUAUUGGUUUUAGUCGUUUAUAUUUUGUAAUGAAUCGAUCGAAAAGUUUUAUCUCGUCGACCAAAAAUGGAACAUCGAUCGAAAAAACAACUACCAGUAAAACUAUUAAAAAAGACUUAACUAUUUUAUAA